CGUGUUGUGAGGUGGGCGGAGAGAAGUGGCAGCACGACCCAGACCGAGACCAGCACUAGUGACGGUCGGGCAGCGCCUCACAUAUUCACCUUUAUCUUUAUCACCACCAUGGCGCUCAUCAGGUCUGCGGCCGCUAGGCUCCUCCAACAUCACCAGAAGGCAUGUCCCCUCAGUGCCGCAGCGACUGCCAUGGCGCGGUCCCAGUACUCCACGGAGAGCACCGACCUACGGGAGGUGAUGGCACAGAAGGUCCCCGCCAUGCAGGAGAAGGUGAAGGCAUUCCGCAAGAGCCACGGUGGCACCAAGGUUGGGGAGAUCACUGUGGACAUGAUGUACGGUGGCAUGAGGGGCAUGAAGGGCCUGGUGACAGAGACCUCUGUGCUGGACCCUGAGGAGGGUAUCCGCUUCCGUGGCUACUCUAUUCCAGAGUGCCAGAAGCUGCUGCCCACUGCUGAGGGAGGCGAGGAGCCACUGCCUGAGGGUCUUUUCUGGCUCCUUUGCACUGGGGAUGUCCCUACUAAGGCCCAGGUGCAAGCAAUCUCCAAGGAGUGGGCAGGCCGUGCUGACCUUCCCCCUCAUGUGGUCAACAUGCUGAAUAACUUCCCCUCUAAUCUGCACCCCAUGGCCCAGUUCUCUGCAGCCAUCACUGCCCUUAACUCUGAGAGCAAGUUCUCCAAGGGCUACUCUGAAGGGGUGCCCAAGUCUAAGUACUGGGAGUUGUGCUUUGAGGACUCCAUGGACCUGAUUGCCAAGCUGCCCACCGUUGCUGCCACCAUCUACCGUAACCUUUACCGUGACGGCACUAGCAUUGGCGCCAUUGACCCUGCCAAGGACUGGUCAGCCAACUUCACUGCCAUGCUUGGCUAUGACGAUCCUCAGUUCACUGAGCUGAUGAGGCUCUACCUCACCAUCCACAGUGACCAUGAGGGAGGCAAUGUGUCUGCCCACACCACCCAUCUGGUAGGAUCUGCCCUCUCAGACCCUUACCUGUCCUUCGCUGCCGGCAUGAAUGGUCUUGCGGGGCCACUCCAUGGUCUGGCUAAUCAGGAGGUGCUGCUGUGGGUGACCAAGCUACGUGCUGAAACUGGGGAUGACGUGACAGAAGACCAACUUAAGGAGUUCAUCUGGAAGACCCUCAAGUCUGGCCAGGUGGUACCAGGCUAUGGCCAUGCUGUGCUGCGCAAGACCGACCCACGUUACACCUGCCAGCGUGAGUUUGCCCUCAAGCACCUGCCUGAUGACAAGCUCUUCAAGUUGGUGGCCAAGCUGUACAACGUGGUGCCUGGAAUCCUGACUGAGCUGGGCAAGGUGGCCAAUCCCUGGCCCAAUGUGGAUGCCCAUUCUGGUGUUCUGCUGCAGUACUAUGGCAUGACUGAGAUGAACUACUACACUGUGCUGUUUGGUGUGUCCCGUGCCCUGGGUGUCCUCUCCUCCCUGGUGUGGGACCGUGCCCUUGGCCUGCCCAUUGAGCGACCAAAGUCCAUGAGCACUGAGGGUCUCCAGAAACUAGUGGGUGCCUCUGCUGCCAAGGCUGCCUAGUGACCUUGAUGUUGGGCUGCUUGAGUCUCUUUGUUGGCUGAGGGAGUUCAGAAAAUAGUGCAUCUUCCACAUCAAUCAGAUUUUUCUGAGAGAUACUUGUAUCACACUGUUAAGCAAUAUGAUACUAAAUCCCAGUGAAGUAAUGGUGAUUGGCAAUUUUUUGAGUGAAUUUCUUAAAUUGAAAUAUAAUCAGGGACAUUGGUUACUUCCAGCUUCAAAGUAUAUUUAAAACAAAACUGCUGCUUAGUCUUGCUGAAAGUUGAAAAAAAAAGUACACUAAUCAUUUUUACAUAUUUUUGUGUGCAAGAUUUGAGAUGUAUUUUGAGAAACUAUAUUUUAUAACAUUUAUAAUUGUGUGCAAGAAUGACAGUUCCUUGGAGGGCGUGCAGCUGCCACACCAAGGGAGGGACGCACUAUGCGUUUCUACAAUGCCGGAAAGAAAGAGUCAGGUGCAAAGCUCAAUAUGCAAGUCGGGGGAAAUUGUAUCACGUUAAGGCUUCUAAUUUAUUUUCACUAAAGUAAGCUCGACGAAUUCCUACGUCUGCAGUUUGUUUGGUGCCUGACAGGGCCUCCAGGGGCUCUCUGGGCAUGACCUUUGUGCUGGUUUUACUCUGUUGUUGUCAGUUUAGUUGAGGAGAGUUGUGAACCAUUGUUUGAGGUAGCUGUAGACCACCAGAUGGCAGGGACUGUAGCAAAAGUCACCUACCCACCAAGACUGAUGUAUGAAAUUGUUGUUCAAUGAGUGCCAAGUGCCACUACAGUGCACUUGCUCCUGGGUAGCUCCAAGCUGUAAAUACAUGUAUAUUACUAUAGCCGGCACUUAUUAAAUGUUUACUGUAAGGAGUACAAACCAGUAAAGUGUGUUUUAGUAAA